CCGGACACAUUUGUCGACACUCGGUUUUCUGAUCGGAAGACUUUUUAGAUGGAAACGGUUCCUGUAUGUAGUUCAUCCUGGUUGAAAGGUACACUCGAUUCUCACAAGAAAAAAAAAAUACACUUGUCGUUUUGAACAGAACAUUUAUUCAGAAACUGAAUGAUGCUGAGUACUUUAAAAUACUCAGAAUAUGGACUGGAUAUUCGGCAAUAAAAGUUUAAGAAUUGAAACGUUACCUGUGUACGAAGCGAAAUGUCGGGUUGUUUACUUCAACCUUCCUCGAAUAUCAGUUCUAAACUGUCUUGAAAAGAUAAAACAAAAAUAAUAUGAUUUGGUAAACAACAGACGUGUUUAUUUUUUUUAUAUAUAUUAUUAUUAUUAUUUUUUGUAUCAUUUUAUUUGGGUGGUGACUUAUUAUCCAGCUCAAUGUUUUGCUUCAAAGAAAAAAAAAUGUGUUUCGUGUGAAUCGUGAGUCUUGUUUUAUCAUUUUAAUGGGAGGCUGGUCGUUGAACGGCGAAGCUUGUGGGCGAUUUGUGCGAACAAAAAAAUUAAGCAGCAGCCAGGUCGGGAGUGGAUGGAUUCGUUGGCCGGGUACGUGUACAAAGCGGCGAGCGAAGGGCGAGUCCUGACGUUAGCUGCCCUGCUGCUCAAUCACUGUGAAGUGGAGACGCGCUAUCUGCUCGGCUAUGUGACCGAGCACGGAGGCCAGCGUUCAACCCCGCUUAUCAUUGCAGCGAGAAACGGACAUGCAAAGGUGGUUCGCUUGCUGCUAGAACAUUACCGGGUCGAGACGGAGCAAACCGGUACUGUGAGAUUUGACGGAUACGUUAUUGAUGGGGCCACUGCUCUGUGGUGUGCAGCAGGUGCAGGACAUUUUGAGGUUGUCCGUUUGCUGGUCACUCAGCGUGCAAAUGUGAACCACACCACUGUGACCAACUCCACGCCUCUGCGGGCGGCCUGCUUCGACGGCAGACUUGAUAUUGUUAAGUACCUGGUGGAGAACCGUGCAAACAUCGGCAUUGCCAACAAGUAUGACAACACCUGCCUUAUGAUCGCAUCAUACAAGGGCCACACAGACGUGGUGAAGUACCUGCUUGAGCAGAAAGCCGACCCCAAUGCGAAAGCCCACUGCGGAGCUACUGCCUUGCAUUUCGCAGCGGAGGCCGGCCACUUGGAAAUAGUGAAGGAGCUGGUGAGGUGGAAAGCUGCUAUGGUGGUCAACGGUCAUGGAAUGACCCCCUUCAAAGUGGCGGCUGAAAGCUGCAAAGCCGAUGUGGUUGAACUACUUCUGUCUCACGUGGACUGCGACCGGAAAAGCCGCAUCGAAGCUUUAGAGCUACUGGGGGCCUCUUUUGCCAAUGACCGAGAAAACUAUGACAUUCUGAAAACAUAUCACUAUUUGUACCUGGCAAUGCUGGAGCGAUAUAGAGAUCCCAGCAAUAUCAUAGAGAAAGAAGUCCUUCCUCCAAUAGAAGCCUAUGGCAAUCGCACUGAGUGUAGGACUCUGCACGAUCUCGAGGCGUUGAGGCAGGAGCGGGAUGCCCUUCAUAUGGAAGGAUUGAUAGUCCGGGAGAGGAUUUUGGGAGCAGACAACAUUGAUGUUUCUCAUCCUAUUAUUUACAGGGGAGCUGUGUAUGCAGACAACAUGGAGUUUGAUAAGUGCAUCAAGUUAUGGCUUCAUGCACUGGAGCUCAGACAGAAGGGCAGCAAGAACACUCACAAGGACCUGCUCCGGUUCGCCCAGGUCUUCUCCCAAAUGAUCCAUUUGAACGAGCCGGUGAAAGCGAAGGAUAUAGAGAACGUCUUGAAAUGCAGCGUGGUGGAGAUCGAGAGAGAAAUGUCGCGAAUGAAAAUAAUUCAGGAAAGUGAUAUCCACUCGGCCACGGACAACUACGAGUCCAACGUUUUCACCUUCCUCUACCUCGUCUGCAUCUCCACCAAAACUCAGUGCAACGAAGAGGAGCGAGCUCGAGUCAAUAAACAGAUUUACAACUUGAUUCAGCUGGAUCCGCGCUCCAAAGAAGGGUCCACGUUGCUGCACCUCGCCAUUAACCCCAAUACACCUGUAGAUGAUUUCCACACCAACGACGUGUGUAGUUUUCCCAACGCCCUGGUCACCAAGCUGCUCAUCAGCUGUGGCGCGCAAGUGAACGCAGUGGAUAACGAGGGGAACAGCCCCCUUCACAUCAUCGUGCAAUACAACAGGCCCAUUAGCGAUUUCCUGACCUUGCAUGCCAUUAUCAUCAGCUUGGUGGAGGCAGGGGCUCACACAGACAUGACCAACAAACAGAAAAAGACCCCCCUGGAUAAAAGUACUACUGGGGUGUCUGAGAUCCUACUCAAAACUCAAAUGAAGAUGAGCCUUAAGUGCCUAGCAGCCAGGGCCGUGCGGCAGCAUGAAAUCAAUUACAAAAACCAGAUUCCUAAAACUUUGGAAGAAUUUGUAGAGUUUCAUUAAAGGUUCACAUCUUUUAUUGUUUGUAACAAUGGUGCUGGGGAAAAUAACAGUUGAAUAAAAAAAAAAAAAAAAUUAAAAACUUGAUUAAGGAUACAGUGCCGUAGGUUUUUUAAAUAUUUGAGCUAAACAGAUAUGUUGCAGACUUUAAACCAAAAGACAUUUUCAGUUCUAGGAAUUGGCUGUCCUGAUUUUAAAAUAUUAUAUAUGCAUUAAUUGGUUUUACUUUUGUGUUACAGGAUUGGGCUGUGGAAAUGUGUGUUUUUCCCAGAUUCAGUGAAAGAGCAUAGAGUUGAACUCAUUUAUAUUUUUAUUGACAGUAUUCCUUUUGUUGAACUGCUUCCUUGGGUGAUAUUGGGGACUCGUUUCUCAUUCUACUCUAUCAUCUGUAUUUAGGCCAUUGAGGACAAUGUUUUAAAAGCAGUGUAAUGUAAAAUCACUUAGUGUGGUGGGGCAUAUUCAUUUUAAAAAUAAAAACAGGCAUAUUGAAAUAAAAGAAACGUCCGUUUGGAUAAUUAUACAGCCACAACCUUUUGAUAGAUGUCUGUGUGUACACAAUAUAUUAUAUAAAUAUACUGUGCAUACACAAACUGCCUAUAAAAGAAGCAGGUCCUGCUAUAUAUACAGAAACAUUUUAUUUUAUAAAGAUCAGAACCAGACUCUCUUUAGUUCAGCAAGCAGUUUCUUCAGUUCAAUAGCGGUUUAAAGUUUAGCGCAGUCUGUUCAUGCUAAUACUGGUGCUGCAAGCCAUACUGACGUUGGUCUGGUAUGGAGAUGCAUGCUAAGAUCCUUUAUAUUGGAGUUUAAUGUAGUUGGGCACCAAAGAAUAAUAGCCUUGGAGGUAACAUUAUGUCUGAGAUUUAUGAGUAUAAGCUUAAAACUCUGUCCACUUUGCUUUUUAUUGUAUUUUCCUUACGCAUGGGACUUUGAAAUGAAAUAGGAAUUAUUUAUGAUCUGUGCAGCAGUGCAUAUUUAUUUUUGGUUUUCUAACAAUAGAGUCAACCCAUAGUAUAUUCUGGAGUAAAAUAACUUCUUAUGAAAUCAACAUGCUGUAUUGCCCAAACCCGGGCUAUGAGUCUGUAAAAUAGUGAGCUGUUCUCCCAGGCACUCUUUGUUAAGGUAGUAAAGAAAUACAUAUAGAACAUGUAGCAGUGGGAGUCACCAUGCUGCUUCCCUUGUUGAGUUCUGAUCCUGUGUGGAUGCUCUUUGUUAGAAUACACGCUAAUGCCUAGAAUGUUUGGACUGUUUUCAGUGUUUUUUUUUUUCCCUCAGUACAUUUCUUACCACACUGUGACCUGGGCAUGUCUGCACAGAAUUCAAAUGCAAGCAUGUGGUCAAUACAGUAACAGAAUGAUGUUUUAAUAGAUACACAUUAACAGAGAAUUGUGUUGAAGAAGACAGUGUUUUUAUGGUAUGAAAAUGCAGCCAGUAAAGCAGCCUGUUCCUUCAUGUGUAUGGUGUGGGUUCUGUGUCAAUCAAGUGUCUGUAAUUUACCAUAACACACAGUACAGCACUAGACAGUAUCUUCCUUUGAUAACAGAAAUGCUGCAGCUACACCACAGCAUUUGCAGUUGUUUAUUUUGAAUGACUGAUUUGAAAUACUUUUUUUAAAAUUCUUAUCUUAACAGCAAAAUAAUUUACAAUGCAGGUGUGUGGCAAAAAAUAUUUUUUAUAGGUUACAGUAAGUGAAUACAGUACAUGCAAUGAAUUCAGUCCAGUCUCCUGCAUUGAGGACUCCAGUUUGUUUUUUAAAUUUACUGCUAUAGGGAACAGCAUGGAUGGAACCUUAAUGUGGGAUUUGUAUUCAAUAAUAGGAAAACAAUUCACCCGUAUUGCCAUUGACUAUUAACCCAUGUGUGGCUGCAUGUCUUCCCACCUACAUCAUAUUAUAUAUGCAACAGGUAUGAUAUGAAUGAGGAAACAUACUUGUAAUCAAUGGCUUUCUGUAACUGGAAGUGUAUAUUGGUGGAUUUACAAGAAGGUAAAACACAUCAACAGAUUCAAUAACACUCUACACUCCACAUUACAUCAGGUUGACUUUCAUACAGAAACACGUGCAUAUACACACUCACACUCUUCCUUACUAUUUCAGUGUGAUGUGUUUAUUUUUUUUAAUUUGCAACAGCAAAUGAUGCCUGAAUGCAAAAAGAUUGAAUUGUGUGUGUGAAAGAAUUAAACUAAAUCUCUAUACCCUUUGAAUGUUUGUUUUUUAUCUGUAUUCUCCCAUGAUUUCUGUACUUAAUAAUUUUGUAGUGUUUCUGCACACAUGCCUAUUUGACAGACUGACUGACAGGCAGGGGGCAUUAUAUUUUUACCCCGUCCAUUGCAAUAUUUUCCAAUGAAAACGUCUGUGUGUUUUGAAGCUGUAUUUAAGCCUAUAAUUAAAAUCUCAGAUAGUUUGUAACCUUAAUAUCUGAUUACAGAAUGUGGAAAGUACCCUUAUAAAAGUUUACCACAGGAAAGCACAGUAAGAUGUAGAUAAGCAUUGUAAAGAACAGCGAGGUAUGGUAAAGAAUAUUAAUAAACGUGCCAAAGCAGAGUAAAGAAUGGUAAAUGCAUAACCAUGGGAGAAGCAUGGGGAAACUGCAAAAAUACUGUGGGAAACUUUUAUAAUGGUGGAAAUGUAUUUUAUUUUCAUAAUGGAUGUAUUUUGUGCUGAAUAAAACACCAGUAUGAUUUUAA